AUGACUGAUCUGCAUAACAAAAUUGAUGCUUAUGAGAACGGUGUAUUCUAUGAAACUCUAGUCAUGAAUGGUCUUGAUAUUGGACUCGAACUGCAGAAAAUUCGGGGUGGAUCGAUGUUCAAUGAGCUUUAUAUGCGCAUGAUGUCCAAACUACAGUGCUUGAACAAGAGCAGCCCGGAAUGCAAGUGGAUAAACGACUUGAAGUAUUACGCCUACUCAGCGCAUGACUCUACAAUAUAUGCGUUCUUCGCUAUCCUGGGCAUUCAAGACAAA